GGUGGCGGCGAAUUAUGUGUUGGUGCUUUUUGUUAAUUGGAAGUGUUGAUGGGUUUUCUCUUGAGACAGCCACGUGGACUUCGUCGCCACCGAAGAAGCGCACAGCAUAUCUGACCGGAAGGGAAAGUAUCUGGACCGGAUCGCCGACCAGAUGCAGUUCUGACGGAACACGUAUAUAGCCGCGAUGGGUGCUGAUGGGCCGGCCGGGAUGGGCGGCAUAACUUAACGGUCUCCGUUAAGUACAGGCGCGGUAACGGAAUGGUGAUGACCGACAGAGUCGAUGGAGACCAGACUGGCUCUGCAGCCUUCCACCGAACAUAACGCACCGAGAUAAUGAAUGCUGCAUACAAUCCAUAUUUCCGGUCAGAUACAGCCUUAAUGAGGAUGUGCACUGUGCUCAGGGGAAGACGGGUAAAAAGAGGCUGUGGAGGGGGUGUCGUGUGGAUGUUAGACAUCGAGAGAUUCUCUCGCUACCGUCUUCCCCGAACAUAACGCACCCUAAAAAUGAAUGUAUACAAGCUAUAUUUCCAGUUCGGUACAGCCGUAAUCAGGGUGCGUUGUGUUCGGGGGAAGACGGUAGUGGGAUCAACGAUGGCGGCGGCGCGGUUACGGCGGUGGUGAUGGCGGGAAGCACUGGGGAGAUGAUCGAGUUGUGCGAUGGCUCGGCGUUCGGGGUGUCACCAAGAUCAUUGCGGCGGCGGUGAUGGCGGGAAGCAGCGGGGAGAUGGCGGGAAGCAGUGGGGAGAUGAUCGGGUUGUGCGGUGGCUCGGCGUUCGGGGGGGUGUCAUUAAGAUCAUUGCGGCGGCGGUGAUGGCGGGAAGCACUGAGGAGAUGGCGGGAAGCACUGGGGAGAUGGCGGGAAGCACUGGGGAGAUAACGGCGUCAGAAUGGAAUAAAAGUGAGAUGUUAGUUAAGGAAAGGGGGGAUGAGUUUGCGGAAGGAGCGGAGGAGAGGAGAAGAGAGGAGAGGAGAGGAGAGGAGAGGAGAGGAGGGAAGCUGCUCGAGAGAGGGAUCGCUUAACGAAGGCCCGUAUGAGGCGGGGUAAGAAAGGGGAAAGUUUUUCGUUCCAAAUUAUGGAAGUCUUAAUUAGAGAGAUAUUGCAGGUGCAUUCCAAAAGGGAUGUUUACGGAUCACUUAAAGACAGGAGAGGGCACGGGUUUGGCGAGGGAGAAGGGGGAGGAGGGGGAGGAGGAGGGGGGGGUCAAUCCUAAUCCCAAUUAAACUAGUCGCAGUCAGUAUGUCAACGGAUCAAUCAAUCACUCAGUCCAGUCAUGAUACGACCAAUCAUCUAGCACGCACUUGUUCAGGAAUCAAGGGGUGUCCCCCGCAUUUAAGGAGGAAAUGGCGGGAAGGAAGAAAUGGCGGGAAGGAAUGCGUUUAGAUAGCGUGGGGAGACGAUGAUCAGGAGCGACUCAGUGGGUUUGACUCAGUGGGUUUGCUUCUGCUGCAGACACUCUUGUACAUCUCGGAUCGGUGAAUCACUCAGUCAUUCAAGUCUUACGGAG